AUGUCCUGGAGGGUGAAGGACGUGUAUUCAGAGCGGUGCAUUCUACUCACCGGAUCAACUGGAUUUCUAGGGAAGGUUCUCGUGGAAAAAAUUCUUUGGUCUAUUCCAAAUGUUGGUAGAAUAUUUCUCCUGAUUCGUCCUGCAAGAGGAAUGUCACCGAAGGAAAGACUGGAGAAAGUUUUGCAGGAUCCAUUAUUUAAUCGUAUCCGAGACAAUAAGCCACAUAUGCUCAGUAAACUAGUGCCUGUUUCCGGUGAUCUAAUGGAAGACAAUUUGGGCCUGAACCAACACGAUAUGCAAAAUAUUUGCGAUGAGGUGAGCAUCGUCAUCCAUAGCGCUGCUACGGUUAAAUUUGAUGAACAACUCAAGGAUGCCGUCGAAAUGAACGUGGUCGGCACGACUCGACUUGUCGCUCUUUGCCAUAAAAUGAAGAAUCUUGUUGCGCUUGUCCAUGUUUCCACUGCGUACGCAAACUGUGACAGAGCCGAAACGGAGGAGAAGGUGUACGAGCCACCCGUUGCUCCACAAAAAUUACUUGAAGCUAUUCGAUGGAUGGACAACGAAAUGAUCACUUUGAUCACUCCAAAACUUUUGGGAAACAGACCCAACACGUACACAUUGACAAAAGCCCUAGCAGAGACCCAACUCGUCGAAGAUGCUAAACAACUCCCUGUGAUCAUUAUACGGCCUUCUAUUGUGGGUGCAAUGUGGAAGGAUCCACUUCCAGGAUGGACAGACAAUAUUAAUGGGCCUACAGGGAUUUUUGCAGCGGUAGGUAAAGGAGUGUUAACAAAUAUGUGUGGAAGUGUUCAUUCGAAAGCGGACAUUAUUCCUGUGGAUAUCGUUGCAAACAUGAUAAUUGUUGCAGCUGCCCAUAGGGCUAAUACGAUUUACGAUGAGAUACCUGUUAUGCAUUGCGCAUCUGGAGAUUUAAAUCCAUUAAAAUGGGAGAAAGUUGUCAAUUUUCUUGAACAGUUUUACAAUGAGUAUCCUAUGCAAGAAUGCUUCGCAAUUCCAUCCACACGAUUCCAUUCGAGUCGAAGAAUGUUCGAAUUAAAUUACUACUUGAAACACCAUAUCCCAGCGAGCACAGUUGACUUCAUCAGUGGUCUGAUUGGAAGAAAAUCAAAAAACGUUCGCCUUUACGCAAAAGUUUGGCGUAUGGUCGAAGCUCUACAUUACUUCACCACCCAUGGAUGGACAUUCCGAUCCAAAAAUUUGCCAAAAUUGUGGGAGUCAUUACACGUCGAGGACCAACAAGAAUUCAAUUUCGAUAUACGGCAACUGAACUGGGAUUCAUAUCUUUUUGAUUACACUAUGGGAAUAAAAAGAUAUAUCCUUAAGGACGACCUGAAUAAACUACAAGUUGCCAGAGCAAACUUAACACGGAUGCGCAUAUAUCGUGCAUUACUUACCGCUGUAUUUUGGUAUUUUGUCAUUCAUUUCUGUGGAUUUGGUCAGAAAAAGAACAAAAAAUGGACUGCAUGGAUAGUUGCAUUCUCGACGUCACAUCUUCUACUAAAUUACAAUUUCCGUCCAAAAAUCCCGUUGAAGUCGCUUGAGGAGUACAAAAGAACAGCAUACUACUAG